AUGACAGAUGGCUACCUGUGGUUUGAAGGGUUGCCUUUCCCCCGUGUUGGUUGGAGCUGUGAUGGCCUAAAAGAAGCAUGUACUAAAUUUGUGAUAAAGGACGAAGACACAGUAAUGGUGUCAUACCCUAAGUCAGGAACCCACUGGUUGAUUGAAAUUCUCUGCCUGAUUCACUCCAAAGGCGAUACCACGUGGAUUCGAUCUGUGUCCAUCUGGGAUCGUGCACCCUGGUUAGAGAUAGAUACAGGAUACAAAUUGUUAAAGGAGAGAGAGGGCCCACGGUUCCUGACCUCUCACCUCCCCUUCCAUCUCUUCCCCAAAUCUUUUUUCACUUCCAAGGCCAAGGUGAUAUAUAUCAUGAGAAAUCCCAAAGAUGUCCUUGUGUCAGGUUACUAUCAUUGGUCCAUGACAAAACUUACUAAGAAACCAGAGUCACUGGAUCAAUAUUUUCAGUGGUUCCUCCAAGGCCACGUGCCCUAUGGAUCAUGGUUUGAGCACAUUCGUGGCUGGAUGUCCAUGAGAGACAGGGAGAACGUCCUGCUGCUGAGUUAUGAAGAGCUGCAGAAGGACCCAAGAAGCACCAUAGAGAAGAUCUGUCAAUUCCUGGGAAAGAAGUUAAAUCCAGAAGAACUGGACUCAGUCGUCAAGAAUAGCUCCUUCCAUGUCAUGAAAGAAAACAAGAUGUCCAAUUUAGAGACGUUGCCUGAAACUCAUGUUGAUAAGGAUUUCAAAAUUACAAGAAAAGGUAAAAGCUCUGGUUUCAGAAUGUGUGAGAAUACUUGGAGGGAAUUCUUGUGUUUACCACCGGACCCUUAGAGUUAGGGUGUUUGAAGAUAUUGACUUGAGUGAUUCAUAACCAAGAAAACCUCUCAUGUGCCUUAUGGAAGAAUGUUUCCACGGUUCUGGGAUGGGCUGCAGUCCCUGGAGACAGCCGAUUCCUCCAGGGGAGGAGAGUGCAUCUUGGAGAUGGUCAUGUCUGUGCCACACCACUAGUGACUACCAUAGAGGACUGCCCUCAACAAAGAGAUACAUAGAGAAUGAGCCAAUAGGUGAAGUAGGGACUGGGUCAUUUGUGAUGAGACAUUGUAAUGCCUCCUUCCUGUGAAGAAAGAUGAAUUAUAUCUACACCUUCAGUUUCAUGUCUAUUGAAAAUGUCUACUGCAUGUACUCACAGAACCAGUUUUUCCAAAAUUCCCCCAGUUUACAUGUAUCUGAAAUGGCAAUCCAUGGAGUAUUUAGACUAAAUGCUUCACAAGAUAUUCAAAAGAUCAGGA